AUGCGGAAUUUUGUGUGGAAGUCGAUCAUCUGUAGAUUUGGACUCCCCCGCAUCCUUAUAUCUGAUAACGGUCGUCAGUUUGACAACAUCCGUUUCAGAAAAUUCUGCUCCGAGCUCGGCAUCAAUCACCGCAACACCCCAGUCGCCCAUCCACAAACAAAUGGAGAAACCGAAGUGACGAAUCGCACCAUCCUUCAGGGACUCAAAGCCAGGCUCGACCGGUCCAAGGGGCAAUGGGUUGAAGACCUCUACAAUGUCCUCUGGGCCUACAGAACAAUAUUUCGACUCCCCACCGGCGAGACCCCCUUCAACCUGGCAUACGAAACGGAAGCUGUUAGUCCUCUGGAAGUCGGGCUCCCCUCACCAAGAAUGGAACACUACAAUGCAGCCUCCAACUUCUCCCAACUCAGGGGCAACCUGGACCUCAUCGAGGAAACCAAGAAGGCGGCCCGAGUUCGUAUGGCGAGGUAUCAACGGAAAACAGCACAGUACUACAACUCCAGAGUAAAAGCCAAGCUCUUCAAAGUAGGAGAUCUCAUCCUCAGGAGGGCUGAGGCUUCUCAGCCCACCGAGCAGAAGAAACUAGCCCCCAAACUGGGAAGGACCUUACCGAAUCGUGCAAGUCCAACGGCCCGGAGCAUACAAAUUGGAGUCUCUUGA